UUCUAGACAGUCAUCUCUGUCAGAGAAGAAGAUACCUGAGCCUUCACCUUUAGCAAAGAGAAAAGCCUAUGAGAAAACAAUGGAAAAGACAAAGGCAAAAGAACAAAAACAGUCUGAUGAAAGUGAUUCCUCUCUGUCGGAGGUACACAGGGGGAUAAUUAACCCAUUCCCUGCUUCAAAAUGCAUUAGAUCGUCUCUGCUUCAGUGUAUUUAUACAGCUGAAGGACAUACUAAGGCUGUGCUUUGUGUUGAUGCAACAGAUGAUCUUCUCUUCACUGGAUCUAAAGAUCGUACAUGUAAAGUCUGGAAUCUGGUAACUGGACAAGAGAUUAUGUCUCUGGGGGGUCAUCCAAAUAAUGUUGUUUCUAUAAAAUAUUGCAACUAUACUAGCCUGGUCUUCACAGUCUCGACCUCCUAUAUCAAGGUGUGGGACAUCAGAGAUUCUGCUAAGUGUGUUCGAACAUUGACGUCUUCGGGCCAGGCGAUGCCUGGUGAUGUGUGUUCAGGAAGUACUAAUAGAACAGUCACUAUCCCAGCUGGAGAAAACCAGAUCAAUCAGAUUGCACUCAAUCCAACUGGCACAUUCCUCUAUGCAGCUGCUGGAAACUCAGUGAGGAUGUGGGACCUGAAAAGAUUUCAGUCUACAGGAAAGCUAACUGGUCACCAGGGUCCUGUUAUGUGCCUUACUGUAGAUCGAAUUUCCAACGGACAAGAUCUUAUUAUCACUGGUUCAAAGGAUCAUUAUAUAAAGAUGUUCGAUGUGACUGAAGGGGCUCUUGGAAGUGUAAGUCCUACACACAAUUUUGAACCUCCUCAUUAUGAUGGCAUUGAAGCACUUGCUAUUAUGGGAGACAACCUUUUUAGUGGAUCCAGAGAUAAUGGAAUUAAGAAAUGGGAUUUGGCUCAAAAAGACCUUCUUCAGCAAGUUCCUAAUGCUCAUAAAGACUGGGUGUGUGCUCUCGGCCUGGUACCUGGAGCUCCAGUUCUGCUCAGUGGCUGCAGAGGAGGCACCCUCAAGCUCUGGAACGUGGAUACCUUUGCACCCAUUGGGGAAAUGAAGGGACAUGACAGCCCUAUAAAUGCAAUCUGCACCAACUCCAGCCAGAUUUUCACAGCAGCAGA